AUGAAAUGUCGUGUUUCUGGAAUGGAGAAGGAUAACAUGAGAAAUGAUCAGGAUAUGGUUGACUCGUUAAUUACAAAGGCUGAAAACAAUGUGGAGUUGCUUUUUGAUUAUCCCAUUGUUGGAAAGAAUCUUAACUAUGACGAUAUACAAGCUGUUUUUACGCGAGGAAAGAUGAAGGGUGGCCUUGCGUAUUAUUUAGCUACCGCUAUGGAAAGGAGAUGGUUGAUGACCUUGCCGACUAAGAGUAAGUACGAGACUUUAAACAUUCCUGUCGAACUCAAAAACGAUCAAAAGUUUAUGUUAAGUGUGGGUGUCACGAUUUGGGAAAAAUUCGAACGUUUAGGAGAAGAGGAUUUUGUAAAGUUAAUGAUGUCCAUAUUGCGAGAACAGUCAACCGAUGAAAUCAUGUGGGCUAAAAGUAUUUACUUGUUGCAGAAGAACCCGUCUGUCGGAACGACUCCUUUCUGGGGUGUGUUUGACGAUCUUCUCCGGACAUAUGAGAGCAAGUUUACUCCCAGUGAGGCUGUCACGUUUCUAAAGAGUAGUGAGUUUGAGAAACUUUAUCAAGACGUGGAAAUGGAUGGUGAUGUUGGCAUGAAGAUACGAGACAAAUUACUAGAGCAGUCCCCAGAUGAACUCAUGUGGGCAAAACUUAUUUACAUGUUGCAACCCGACCAACGCAAAUUCGAUGGUAUUCCUCUUGUAUUUGACAGUCUACUCCGGCCACAUGAAGCAUAUGAGAAUAAAGUGGGCCAGUAUACACCUAGCGCCUCGGUCAGAUACCUGACAAGCUCCGAAAUGUAUAACUGGUACUUUACGGCAUUUGAAUCUGGGCAAUACAAACUCUCUCCUGAUAUUGAAAAACCGUUUUAUAAGGAGUAUGUUAAAUCGCUACAAGGCACGAUUAACGAUCAUGUGAUGCUCGCCAAAGUAUUACACAUUUUGCGUAAUGACGGAAAGAUGUCCUCGUUUUACUCUGGUCUAUUGAAAUAUCUUCUUGAUUCAUGGACGAAAAAGAUGCGAAUCAUCAAUGGACAAGACGAAUUGAAUACUGUUGGCGUCGGUAUGAUCUCUGACGAAGCUUUUACCCACUUAUUUCAGUACGCGCAGUUCACGAGCGGUAAUCCCGACGUGUUUAUGCUAAAAAAACUGGAAGAAGUAUGGACAGAUGAAGUAACAUUGGCUUCCAUUCUUAAUAAGCUACGUAGUGAUAAAAGUGUGUCGAAUAUUGCACUCGGUGUGCUGGAUGCUUUAUUCCAUUCAUGGGUUUCAAAGUCAUACAAUUCGAUUGCAACUGCUGGAAAACCCCGCAUUCUCAUCGAGGCUUAUGAUCUAAUCCAGAGAAACAACCCUACGGACCUCACUUAUCUAGACAUCUCUCGUUUAUUGAAAAAACUGCAAAAGUGGUCGACGAAUGAUUUUAUGUGGGCCAAAUUUCUAUACAAGCUGCGGCAAGACCACAACGUAAGCGCAAAAGUCAAUAUGAUGUUCGACACUCUUCUUCAACCAGCUGGAGAUUUCCUUCACUCGGAAGAAUUCACACCCAGUUAUCUUGUCAGAAGUUUGACAAGUGCUCAAGAGCAGUCAUUAAAUAACGAAUUGGAGAUGACUGACUUCGAGUGGGGAGUUCAGGUAGAGGAAUCGCGUAAUACAGAAUUAUGGACGGCCAAACUGCUUGAUAAAUGGAUGGAAUCGUCACAUAUAGGGAUUGAAGUAAAUGAAGGUUUUUUGCGAGGCAGAGACUUUAAGAACAUGAUAGCUUACGCGAGAUUUUCGAGUGACAACCCCAGUGUAUUUCUGCUAGAGAAACUGCGAACAGUGUUUCCUGACGAUCUCAAAUUAAGUUACCGUUUGAAUAUGGAUCUAAAGAAAACGAAAGAUGCUGGUCUAGACGGUGUGUUAAACGCUCUUUUCCACUCAUGGAUUGGAAAGCCGUUUGAUGGAGAUGAUAAGUUAAAAGACUUUUUAAUGCUCAAGGGUGGUUAUGACUAUUUGACGGGUAAGGACAUUGCCAAAUUGUAUAAUACUUCGAAGAACAAAGAGGAUGCCUCUACGAAAGCCCUCGAAUUUUUAUCUACAAAAUCAAGCGAUCAAGUCAUGUGGUACAACUUUAUAAGGUCACUAGAGGGUUGCAAGAAUCAAGUUUUUCUUGGUGAACUGUCAAAGACUCUUCGUCGAUCAUUGGAAAAUGAUAUACCAGAAACUGUGACAGAAUUAGCAAAUCAGCAGCUACACCAUUGA